AUGAAACCAUUGAAUGGCAAAUCAACCGGGGAUUCUUUGCACAGCUUCUUCCAACCCGCGAAUGAGGAACAGCAAUGGUCUUUGCAGAAGUUCGAACCAACGCGCCCCGCGGAGUCCACGACGGAAAAAGCUGGAGACGAUGACGAUUUGAUAGAGGAUGACUACGAUUCUUUUGAUGAGUUGUUUACGCAGCAUUUCAUAAACGCGGACAUUGGUUCCCAGGGCGGGACAGGAGCGCAGGAGAACAGUCAAGACAAACCAUGCCAGGAUCCACCAUCGACCAAGUCAAAUUCGAUAGGGAAGCGUGCGAGCUCUACCAAGCGCUUCUUGCUUCCUCAAUCCCCGAAAGGCGGGAGUCAAUCUCGGCCAUCAGCUACCGUCACCGCAGAGGACGAUGCACGUCCAUGGGCCCAAAAGUACAGCCCAUCCAAUUUGGAUGAGCUAGCUGUCCAUAAGCGGAAAGUUACUGAUGUGCAGAACUGGUUGAAUGAUGUAUUUAUAGGGAGAAAUAGAUGUAGAUUGCUCGUUCUGCGUGGUCCUGCCGGUUGUGGGAAAACAACUACCGUAUCUUUGUUGUCUAAGGCAUUAGGCUUCGACGUCCUCGAGUGGAAGAAUCCGCCAGCCUCCGAAUUCAACACGAAGGGUUAUACAUCCACUGGUGCUCAAUUCGAGGAAUUCCUGGGACGCGGUGAUAAGUUUAGUGGACUUGAACUGGACGGGACAGAGAGCACUCCUGAUGCUGGAGGAAGCCAUGACCCUACACCACCCCAGCGACGUAUUAUCCUUAUAGAGGAGUUUCCCACAAUUCUGAGUCGGAAUUCGUCUGGUCUGGUUGCCUUCAGGCUUUCUCUCCAGAGGUAUCUUGCUGCAACAGCCCUAUCGAGGUCGAGUAACCAAGUGAUUCCGGAAGAAACAAUGAAUCCUCCUAUCGUGCUCGUCGUUUCAGAAACACUUUUGGGCUCGGCAUCUUCUGUUUUGGAUAAUUUAACUGCCCACAGGUUACUGGGGCCGGACGUUUACAACCACCCGAACGCCACGUUUAUCGAUUUCAACAGCAUUGCUCCCACAUAUAUGCAAAAAGCCCUAAGGCUGGUAUUGGAGAAGGAGGCUCGUCAUUCCAGGCGAGUUCAAGUCCCGGGGCCAGCAUUUCUCGAGAGAAUGUCUGAGAUAGGAGACAUCAGGAGUGCUAUUUCUUCUCUUGAGUUUGUCUGCCUCAGAGGAGACAAAUCAGGAGCAUGGGGAGGAAGCAUAAACAAAAAGACAAAGAAGUCGUCUCGAAAUGGUGUAGGACUCACGCAGAUGGAAAAGGAGUCAUUAAAAAUGAUCACUCAGAGAGAAGCGAGUCUUGGGAUAUUCCAUGCUGUUGGUAAAAUCGUAUACAACAAGCGUGACGAGGCUAGCAGUACGACAGGGAGCAUUAGGCCCCCUUCGCCGCCAGAUCAUUUGCGCCACCAUGGGCGACCCAAAGUAUCUCAGGUCUGCGUUGAUGAGCUCAUGGAUGAGACUGGAACGGAUAUCCAAACAUUCAUAAGCGCCCUACAUGAAAACUAUGUGCCAUCCUGCGAGUGCCUGCCAUCCACAGACUGUCUGGAUGAAUGUAUAGGGGCAUUGUCAGAUAGUGACAUGUUGUGCGCGGACCAAAGAGGCGCUCAGAGACAUAGGGCAAGAGUCGGUGGAGUCGGAAAUUUCAGUGCAGGUGUUGACAUGUUACGCCAAGACGAGAUUAGCUAUCAGGUAGCUACGCGAGGCCUGCUUUUCGCUCUCCCUUAUCCUGUAAGAAGGAAGUUGGGAUCAGGGCGUGGGAACGAUGCUUAUAAGAUGUCUUAUCCAACAUCUUUGCGUUUAUGGAGCGCAUCCGAGGAAAUUGAAGGGUUGAUAGACUUGUGGAUGAAGCAUCUGCUGAAUCCAUUCGGCACAGCAGUCUCCCAGCCCAGUGGCAUACAGAGCUGGAAGAACCGUUCAGCCGUUUGUGACAUCGAUCAAUAUAAUGACAGUGACACGCUCAAGACUGUGACAAUGAUGCCUCGCAACGACGCAUUACUUUGGCACCUACCAUAUAUGGCUAAAAUCUCACAGAACGAAGUCGAAUCAAAAGAGCUCUAUACGAUCACCAGCUUUCGUAUUGGAGCUCACAGCGAUCCUCAUUACAACAACAACGACCAUGGCAACGAUCCUUUGCUGGGACCUAAUCGUCUUCUCCGGCGGAGGUUACCCCAUAGCAAGGAUCACAGCAAUAAAAGUACAUUUGGGCCGCAACUCCCGCAACCCUUGGAAGAUCAAGAGGAGAAGCUAGUCUUGAGUGACGACGAUAUUGUGGAUGACUGA